GAUGAGGUUGAAGUACCAAAACUUUUGUUACAGUGCCUGGAAGAAGAUGAUACCACACUACAUUGUGCUUUGUUAAAAAAGAUGAAAGCAAAACCAAGCUGUCAUCUGAUGAGGCUCACACAUGUCUUGCAACCCUGGCUGAAUUUUAUGUAACAUGCAAUGCAAAAAAUCCUUCAAAGAAAAUUAUUUCAAGGUAUUUGGAUUGGGAACUGUCAAUUCAUAAAAUUAUGCACAUUCUUACUUUUAGCAUCAGCAGAUAAGUGACUUUUUUUUUAACCUAAUAGAUGUGACAGCAUUCUUGGCAACCAUUUUAGUAUUGUGUUGCAUAAAAACAUAGAAAUUCAAUCUUGCUAUUUCACAAGACAAAAAACCCUAUCAAACUGAAAAUUUGUGAAAAGAUAAGUCUUCGGUUGUUCUAAUAACUGACUAAACUAAAAUUGCAAAAGGAUCAAUAAUUCCUGAAUUUUCAAUUUUGAUGUUGUUGCAUGAAAACCAAGAAUAAACGUUGUCAGGUACAUUUAAAUUUUUAAAAAAAUUACAACUUUACUCGUCAAAAAUUAAUGCCAUUAUUUAAGGUGAAGUAGUUGCAUAAUAUUUCAUACCUCUAUAAUUUUAUUACAAAAUAAUGCCAUAGCUGAGUAUGAAAAGUUAAUGAUAUUUUUAAUGUUGCAGUGUCUUUGAUAGUUUACCACAAGGUUUGCCUUCUGCAGUUCUUAGCUCAGUGGUUGUAGAGAGGAUAAGUCAUGCAAGAGAUGUCUUAAUGCUGGGUGAAGAUGUAAAUAUUAGACAUUAUAUAGAUAUGUUAGCUGAUAUGUUGGAUUCGUUUACUCUUGGAGCUGAUGUACUCCUUAACAAUGGUUAUUUGGUUUUCAAAUUUCUUGGUGUGUGUUUAAAAGAGCAGUGGAAAGUUGCUAAAGCUGAAUCAUCUCCAGCUUUGCAAACUUCUCUAAUGAUGGACUGUUUAGCGGUCAUAAAGACGAUAAUUUCUUUUCUUCAGAAAUCCAGUUCUGAACCAAAUAUGUGUAACUUGUUUGACCAGCUGGGCUUGUUAUAUAUUGAAAAAGAAGAUACUGGUCAUAGCAGCCAUAAAGACUUAAAUCUGAGUCUGGGCAUAGGAAAAUUGUGUGGUAGCAGUUACACAGAUGUUUCAGAAACUGUGAAGCGAUGGAAUGAUUUGAUGACAGAAGUAUUGGUAGACCUUUGUGGUAUUUUGUUUGAUGAUCAGUUUUUCCUUGAUUGUCAAUUAACUGCUGGACUGGCCAUUCUUGCUGUUAUCAAAGUGAUGUGUCCAGUGCAAAAUGUUGUAUCAACAAUUGGAAAGGUUAUUUUCCCCUCUCAAGCCAAAUCUGGACACCUACCUAUAUCACCCAUAAGUGAUCCAAAAAUCGUUUCCAUCUUUCAAGACUCCCCAGGAAUAACCAGUUUUUCUCACCUGUGUCUUUGCCGUGGGGUUUUGGCUAUAAUUCCCCUUCACAUGUUGGUUGAGCCUUCAGAGGUCAUAUUAGAUAGUCAAAGUAAGCAUGGAACUCUGAUGUUUGAUGCAUUGUUUCCGGACUUGUGUUCUCUUUGUGACAGCCUUAAAGAAUGUAAUACAUCCAUUAUAGCCUUUCGCACUCUGACUCUGUGGGCAAAUCAAGCCAGGCAAAUAGCUACUAGUAAUCACUGUAAUGGUUCCUGGCUCAAAGAAAAGUUAUAUGGCACAUCUCCAAUUCCAACCAAGCUUCUGACCUAUGUCUGGACCCAUUGGGAUCACCCAGUUGAGGGAGUGCGAUAUCAAACCAAAGCAAUAUGUGAACAUGUUGUGAAUCUACAUUUAAUCGUUGGACAGGCUGAUUCCUCCAAAGAAGACUUCUUACAGGACCUGGCAGCCUCUCUCCUGAAUGUCAGCUGGCAUGUACGGGGAAAAUAUGGCCCUCUGUGUUGUAUUACAUCUGUUGUGGGAGCCACAAAGAUGCUGAGAUGGUUUCCCAGCAUCCCUCAGGAUAUGUUUCCAUUAAUGAGUGACAGGAACCUUGCACCUCAUGCAAUGGAUUUCAUUGAGCAAAUGACUGUUUCACACAAGAAGGAAAUUUUAGAGAGUGGGGAAGACAUUAAAGGAUGGAUGAAGAUUUGGAUUGUUCCAUUUCUCAAUUUUAUUCACUGUGGUUGCAGACUUCUAAGAGAAAACCUGGCUCAGUUUUGUCUCCCAAAGUUACUGAAGUGCUGUCCUGAAAGCUUACAAUUUCUUGUUCAGUAUCUUCAAGACAACAACGAGCUGAAAGAAAGCAACUUAGGGACCUUGGUUACCUGUUUGAAAAUUGCCCGUUCACUGGGUCUUAUGGAUUUUUAUAAAAUGGGCCAAGAAAAUUUUUUUAAUAAACCUGCUUCAUUGUGGUGUGGGGUUGUUCCAGAACAGCUCAUGAGGAAAGCGCUGUGUCAUUUAGAUGAUCAGAUUCGUCUUGAUGCCCUGGGACUAGUCUGCGAUUCUCCACGCGCAACAGAGUUGAUUACAGAGCUGGAUUUACAACUACUACAGCUCUUUAUACCACACAAUAUGAACAACCAGGCACCUUCCUUCAGACAACAAGCUGCAACACACCUAAAAAGGUUGCUAACGAGACUAAAGGAGUGCAUCAGGAUAUCUAGCAAGGCUGCUAAAAAGAAGAAAGAUAGCAGUGAGAAGCAGUUUUCUGAGCAUCAACUCACUUUGUACAGGACAUUUCUGCAGUGGUUUUGUGCUUAUCAGUUUGAUUCAAUGUUCCCAAGUGCAUCAUUCACACGUCGCACAACAGCUUUGAGCAAUUUAAUGCUCAUCAAGGACAUUUUUCGUUUUGAAGAAAAUGAUGAUUCUACAAUUUUUAAUAUGAGUGAGGUGAUGAGCCAGGAUAAUAUACAUAUUCUUCUGGAUUGUCUGAGUGAUUCCUAUCAAAUCAACAAGACAAUGGCUUAUGACUUACUUAUGGAAUCUCCCACCAAGCAGCUUCCAUUUCAGGAAGAAAAGUCUUUGCUUGCUUGGCUAAGCAUGAUUGACCAGUUGGUUUCCAGUCCUCGUGCAAUAGAUGCUUCUACUGCUUCAACCUUUCUUACCUUACUGGUGGAGAAGUGUGAAUUACCGCUGAAAUUUGUUAAGUCUGAGACUGAACAAGAGUGUCUUGUGUCAGAAUCCACUGCACCAUGUCCACAAGCCCUGAGGGUGGUAAAGUAUCUAACAAGUUUGCUCCAGUCACAUCGCUCAGCUGCUUCAAAGAACUUGUAUUUGACUGGUGCCCAGGCUCCUAUGCAUGGUGUUCUUCACUGUCUCAGGGCAGUCCUGGGUUAUGUCUCCUUAAGCUCUGUUUCAGAUGAUAAACAGUGGCAGAGUCUUCUCACAAAUCUCAUAGAGGAGUGUAUUUGUACCGCGGACAUUGUUUCUCCUGUUGUUACGAGUUCCUCACCUGAAGGAUUCAUGAUUUACGAUAGUGGAGACAGCGUAAAUCAGAUCCCUCAACAGUCAGUCUUGGAAGAAAGUCACAUAAAAGCCCCUGCAUCUCAGAUUCUUUUGGUCUGUUGCUGGAGAACUAUGAAGGAGGUGGCAUUGUUGUUGGGAGAGCUUGUUGAAAAUGCUCCUUUGUAUCUUGAAAAUAGUAAACAUGGUUUGAUACCUAAAAAACAGAUGUGCAACAUUGGAGACUUUUUUACUAAAGUGCUCCUGACUUCAAAACACAGGGGAGCUUUUGAGUUGGCCUACACUGGAUUUGUGAAACUUUGCACAGUAUUGUGGAGGAGUAAAGAUACAGAACUGCGCCAAUUACCAGCGCAGUGGCUACAGACAUUAUUAACGGAUCUUACGAGUGAUUCCCCUUCAGAGGCUUUGUGUGGCACAAGACGAAGUGCUGGUGUGCCUUUCUUUAUUCAAGCUAUUGUAACAACUGAACCGUCUGCUGCUGCAAAUAACUGCUUCAGACAAGUCAUGGCUGAGUUAUUACAGGUUGCUGCUAAUCUUAUUGACAGUUCCAGUAUUUCCGAUUCAACCCUUCCACAGGUUUGCUUUAAACAACUGAAAUUCAGUUUUAGUUAUAUUCGAGUAACAGAAACUUACGAUAUAGUUUUAUCACACCUGUGUCCUUCCCAGGUUCACGCUUGCAACAUCCUCCGCGCUCUGUAUCGUGACACCAAACUUGGUGAGGCCGUGUUUCCUUUUGUGUCUGAUGGGGUUGUUGUGGCUAUUGAUGGAUUCCUCUCAGAAAGUUGGGCUGUACGGAACUCGUCUACAAUGCUGUUUAGUGCACUGGUGACAAGAAUAUUUGGAGUGAAACGAGGAAAAGAUGAACAUUCAAGAAAGAACUGUAUGACAGGAAGAGAGUUCUUCUCCAGAUUUCCAGAGCUCCAUUCAUUCUUCCUCAGUCAUUUACAAGUUGCUUGUCAAGGAAUUGAAAGGGACACCAUCCGCGCUAGCCUUCAUCCGGUACUUGUUAUGUUGGCUCGUCUGUAUCCAUCACCUAUGGAUGGUGUUGACUCUACACUCAAUAUGGCGAUGUUUGUACCUUUUGUGAUCAGUUGUAGAAAAAGUUUGGUUAUCAAAACCCGGGUAAUGUCAGCACGCGCCCUUGUUCCGCUGGUGUCCGGUGAUCUGUUAGUUCAAACUCUGCAAGAGCUUCUCUUGUCUCUUCCAGUGAGCUCUUCUGGUGUUGUAAGACAGAAUCCUAUUCAUGGUACUCUACUCCAUGUAAGUGUAAAACAGUAAACUCGCUUUUGACCCACAGAGACCAAAACUCUAUUGCUUUUUUGAUAUGUCUGGCUUGCAUAAGUUUGUUCGUGAGCCGGGAAGACCGAUUCUAGUUCACGAAAACGAGGCUUAGAUGUCAUGAGCGAUAAACGCACUUGUCAUUACUGCUGUUUUUCCAAAAAGAUUUCUUUAUUGCAGAAUUUUACUUGUAGUGGCACAAAAACAAGUAAACUCAACCACUGUUAU